UAUUUUUUUAUUAUUUCUCUCUCUGUCGAUUUGUUGCGAAAUUUUUACUUUUUUUUUGGAGUCCUGAGAGUCGAAGGGCAACUGAAAAUAGAAAGCCCCAUCGACCUACCUGCCAUAUAUAUAUAUACACAACACAACUCAACUGCCGCAAACAUAUUUUACACAGAGUGGCAGGUGCGAAGUGUGUUAAUUUCCGGAAGGGAGAAGCUGGAUGAUCCGCGCAGUGUUUUGUUAGUUACACAAAGGGAAUACUCGGUAUUGAAAUUCCAAGAUAACCAACCCACUGAGAGAUUAUUCAAGAGUUUGGAUGGAAGCAUCAGUCAGUUUCUCUAACGACAUGGAUGAUGAAUACGAGAAGCUCAUUAGGAGGAUGAACCCUCCGAGAGUUGUGAUCGAUAAUGAAUCUUGCAAGAAUGCGACUGUGAUUCAGGUGGACAGUGCUAACAAACAAGGAAUCCUUCUUGAAGUUGUGCAGGUCCUCACUGAUCUCAAUCUAAUGAUAACCAAAGCUUAUAUUUGCUCUGAUGGAGGAUGGUUCAUGGAUGUGUUCAAUGUGACUGAUAAUGAUGGAAACAAGAUAACAGAUGAGGGGAUUCUUGACUAUAUACAGAAGUCACUUGGUCCAGAUUCUUGCUUUGCAUCUUCAAUGAGGAGAUCAGUCGGGGUGAAGUCCGGGAUGGACCACACAUCGAUUGAAUUGAUUGGUAGUGACAGACCGGGGCUGCUCUCCGAAGUGAGCGCUGUCCUAACCAACCUGAAGUGCAAUGUGGUGAAUGCUGAGGUGUGGACACAUAACACCCGAGCUGCAGCGGUGAUGCAAGUGACGGAUGAAGAGACGGGGGGUGCUAUCAUUGAUCCGGAGAGGCUGUCCCUGGUUAAGCGCCUCUUGAGCAAUGUGCUCAAGGGUAGCAACAAGACUAGGGAAGCCAAGACUGUGGUCUCCCACGGGGGGACUCACACUGAGAGGCGGCUUCACCAGAUGAUGUUUGAUGAUAGGGAUUAUGAGCAUAUGGGCGAGGAUUCAUCGGAUCGGCCUAAUGUGAAUGUUGUGAAUUGGCACGGCAGAGAUUACUCGGUGGUCACAAUCCGGUGCAAGGAUAGGCCGAAGCUCCUCUUUGACAUAGUCUGCACUUUGACAGAUAUGCAAUACGUUGUUUUCCAUGGAAACGUUGAAGCAGAGGGUCCGGAGGCGCAUCAGGAAUACUGCAUAAGGCAUAUUGAUGGAUCCCCAGUGAAAUCUGAUGCUGAGAGACAAAGGGUGAUUCACUGUCUGGAGGCAGCAAUCCUGCGACGAGUGUCUGAGGGUUUAAAGCUAGAGCUGUGCACAUCGGACAGAAUUGGGCUACUAUCGGAUGUUACUAGGAUAUUCCGCGAGAACAGCCUAACUGUAACUCGAGCAGAAGUGAGCACAAGAUCCGGCAAAGCUCUCAACACGUUCUAUGUUCGUGAGUCAUCAGGAUACCCGGUUGAUCCCAAGAUCAUAGAUUCGAUCCGGCAGACAAUAGGGCAAACCAUACUCCGGGUGAAGGGCAGCCCCGAUGAGUCGAGCCAAGCUCCUCAAGAGUCUCCCACCAGGUUCCUCUUUGGUGGCCUUUUCAAGUCUAGGUCAUUUUGCAAUUUCGGUUUGGUUAGGUCGUAUUCAUGAUCAUGUAUAUAUUUAAAGCCCCACCCACCUCUCUAUCUUAUCUGUACAUAUUUUUCUACUGCGAUUUACCUCACCUAAAUACGUAUUUAGGAAGUUUGUGACAUCCAAUUGUUGUUGUCAAGCUUUAAAUCAUUGUACAGAACAAAUUUAUCCUCUAUGCUUAUCAUCAUUCAAAA